GUAGAGUCCGGAAGACUCUACGGGGAAGGGGCUAAAACUGCGCAGCCAAUCGGGGCAACACUUUCGCCUUACCGGGGGACUCGGGGGUAACUUGCUCUUGGGAAUCAGCACCAUGGCGUCUGGCUGCAAGAUUGGCCCGUCCAUCCUUAACAGCGAUCUGGCCAAUUUAGGGGCCGAGUGUCUCCGGAUGCUGGACUCUGGUGCCGAUUAUUUGCACCUGGAUGUAAUGGACGGGCAUUUUGUUCCCAACAUCACCUUUGGGCACCCUGUGGUAGAAAGCCUCCGAAAGCAGCUAGGCCAGGAUCCUUUCUUUGACAUGCACAUGAUGGUGUCCAGGCCGGAACAGUGGGUCAAGCCAAUGGCCGUGGCGGGAGCCAAUCAAUACACCUUUCAUCUUGAGGCUACUGAGAACCCAGGGGCGUUGAUUAAAGACAUUCGGGAGAAUGGGAUGAAGGUUGGCCUUGCCAUCAAACCGGGAACCACAGUUGAGUAUUUGGCACCAUGGGCUAAUCAGAUAGAUAUGGCCUUGGUUAUGACAGUGGAACCUGGGUUUGGAGGGCAGAAAUUCAUGGAAGAUAUGAUGCCAAAGGUUCAUUGGUUGAGGACCCAAUUCCCAUCCUUGGACAUAGAAGUCGAUGGUGGAGUAGGCCCUGACACUAUCCAUAAAUGUGCAGAGGCAGGAGCUAACAUGAUUGUGUCUGGCAGUGCCAUUAUGAGGAGCGAUGACCCCAGAUCUGUGAUCAACCUGUUAAGAAAUGUUUGCUCAGAAGCUGCUCAGAAACGUUCUCUUGAUCGAUGAAACCACAAGGAGUCCAGUGUUUAUGCUCAUGAAUUCUUUUUACUGGAAGACAAGAAUAUUGACUAUCAAAUCCUAUCACAGUUGAAGCAGUGCUGUUUUUCUGAGCAGCUAUUCAUUCCAGUGACUAAAAUCUAUUCUGCAGAACGUUCCAAGAGGUUAGAAAUUGGUGUGUAUAACUACCUUUUUAGUGAUGGAAUUUAGAGAUUAGUGUGGUAAAAUACCAUUUUUACUGGGAGACUUGAUUUUUAUAAAGUAAAAAUAUGGCUGUAUUAAGGUUAUGAAUGGAAGUGUGUCUUAAAGCCUAAUGAAGGUAGAGUAGCUACUAUGAAAAAAAUGGUUUUUUCUGCAUUUUAAAUCUUCUCAUUUCUUGGUUUUCCAAAGCAAAGGAAGUCCUUAUUCCUGUUUCGUGUUAUUUUGAUUUGUCUCUGCGCAUGACAACAUGAGUAGAAUGGAACUUGUGAAAAAUCUAAGUUUGAAUCUGGUUAGGAUGGUACACUGUAUUCUUGCUUCUUUAACAUCUUUUACUUUGCGCCUUAUAUUUGAUACAUAAAAACUGUAAAAACAGUGUAUGAAGCCCAGGGAUUUCAGGUGGAUUGUUCUAAAAUUACAAAUACAGAUUUUAUCAAGUUGUUUUCUUUGUCAGCUCUGCUGGAGGGGCAAGUUAUACAGUGAUCCCACCCGUUCCUUUUCUUAACAAUAAUCUUGUGCUAGCUUUGAGCAGAAAGGAAAGGAAAGCUUCUAUUUGGAAGUACUAUUGAGUUGAAUCUGGACUCUUCUCCUAACUAUUUGACUUAUUUGACGUUAGCAAAUCAAAUCAGCCAGUCUCUUUGAGUAUCUGUUAACUGAUUUAUACAUUGAAUAUAAUUAUAAUAACCAUGUAAGGUUAUAUUGAGCAUUAAAAGAGAUCAUAUGCUAUCUGUAAAGCUCCUGCUACCAUUCCCAGAAUUAUAGUAGAAUUGAUGCUCAAUACAAAGUAGUUGUCAUUUAUAUUUUGUAGCCUAUAAAGUCCUUCAAUAUAAGCUCAUUAAAUGCAUAAAUCAGUCUUAAGAGUAGAACAGGUACUUUUGUCCCCAUUUAAAAAA